GUUAUUUAGAGUUGAACCGCGAUUGUUCCAUCGUGAAUGUGCUGAUUUUCAUUCCUUAUCAGAUAACACUUCGUUUUGAAGGGGUCAAUCCCUGGAUGCUGUACCAGUGGUUUUCCCAACAUUUAUUUCGCGUGAAAGUUAUUUUUAACGUUAACGUUGUGUACGGCUUCCAUCACUUGCUUGUUUUUCGCGUCACUCGCUUGUCAAUCAAUUAUUUGGAGGAAAAGACGAAAAAUUUUCGGUUGUACUCCGAUAGUAACACACUUUCGUGAGUAACCAAGCAUAUAGCACGCAUUCUGAAAAGUUAGGAUGAUCCUGAAGAAAAUCCUGAACGUUGGGGUAAUUCGGCCACUGCGAGGAAUAAAAUUGCAAACGCAAAGCCAAGCCAUUAGAUUAAUUUCUUGCGACAGGAAAAGCUACCCUAAAAUAUUGAUAACAGGUGGCCUUGGACAACUAGGAACGGAAUGUGCAAAGCUUCUUCGCAGUGCAUACGGUGAGGAGCACGUCAUUCUGUCGGAUAUAAUCAAACCGAGCGACGAGAUUGUGAAUAGUGGGCCAUAUAUAUUCGCCGAUAUAUUGGAUUUCAAGGGGCUCCAGAAAAUCGUCGUCAACCACCGCAUCGACUGGAUUAUUCAUUUCUCCGCCCUGCUGAGUGCCAUCGGCGAACAGAACGUUCCUCUGGCCGUGCGUGUUAACAUCGAAGGUUUGCACAAUGUGAUAGAACUUGCAAAGCAGUACAAAUUGAGAGUUUUUGUUCCGAGCACGAUUGGUGCAUUUGGGCCUGAUAGUCCGAGAAAUCCUACACCGAACGUAACAAUUCAAAGACCGCGAACUAUUUACGGAGUGUCGAAGGUGCAUGGAGAGUUGAUAGGAGAGUACUACCAUCACAAGUUUGGAUUGGAUUUUCGUUGCUUAAGAUUUCCCGGUGUAAUUUCUAGUGAUCCACCGGGAGGCGGAACCACCGAUUACGCUGUAGCAAUUUUCUUCGACGCUCUCAAAACUGGGAAGUACGAAUGUUAUCUCAAACCCGAUACCCGUCUGCCAAUGAUGUACAUCGAUGAUUGCUUACGGUCCCUACAUGAGUUUAUGAUAACGCCACCGGAAAAGUUGAAACGAAGAGUUUAUAAUGUUACGGCGAUGUCCUUCACACCAGAGGAACUGGCGAACGAAUUGGCCAACUAUGUGCCGGAACUGCACGUUUCCUAUAAACCCGACACUCGUCAGUUGAUAGCAGACUCGUGGCCACAGGUAUUUGACGAUUCUGAAGCGCGUCGUGACUGGGGAUGGGAGCAUAAGUACGACCUCAAAAAGCUAGUGGAACUGAUGGUAAACGAUGUUAUGGAAAACUAUGUCAAAAAAGAAAGGAAACACUACACUGAUAGUGUCGUAUAAAAGUUUCUUUAACAAGCCAUUGUACGCAAUAAUGUAUUAAAACUCUGAACAAAGCUUGCAAACUAAUUCAACAACAACACAA